ACUUCUCCGGUUCUCCCUCCUCCUCCCACCCUCUCACACCUCAUCACUUGCUCAUCGGCUGCACGACUGCACCUACCCAACCCGACGAGCCACCCACCCAAACCCAACCAGCAGCGCAGCUGCCUGAGCUUUUGAUGAGCAGUUGUUGAGCUAGCCUAGCUGCUUAGGUAGAGUCACGGAGUAAGCUAGCUGUUGGAUCAGUUCGCCAUGGGCAACUGCAUCCAGCAGAGCAGCAGUAGCAGCGGUAGCCGCGGCGCCUUCGCCGGAGAAGGCCGCCGCCCGGCGGCGCAUCAGCUGCAGAGGAGCGGCGGCGGCAGGAGAAGAAGCGCAUCCGGCGACGACGAGGAGGAAGGCCAAGAAGGGGCGGCGCCGCCGCCGCCGGUGGUGAAGAUGAAGAUGGUGCUGACCAAGGGUGAGCUGGGGUGGCUUGUUGCCCGGCUCAAUGCCGGCGACCGCCGCCUCGAGGACGUGCUCCACGAGAUGGCGGCGUGCAAGCGCGAGGGCCGCGCCGGCGCCGCCGACGGGUGGCGGCCCAGCCUCGAGAGCAUCGUCGAGUGCCCCGCCGAGACGGCGACGGAGGCUGCCGCCGCUGCCAACUCCGCCGAUGAUUAGCUAGCUAGCCGGCCGCUGUCAUGACUCAUGAGUAUCUCGUUUCUUCUUCCUCGUGGAUUGUCUCCUUCCAGGUUCUUGGUUUGAGUUGAGGUGGUGGGAGAAAAAAAAAUCUGCGAUAACCAUGUUCAUCGCUGAAGAGUGAUUAAUUAUAUUAGCCAGCCGCCGACCCGCCGUGCAAUAGGGGUAAUCUAGGUAAUUAGCAUGCAUCCGGCUGCCUAGUUCAUGAGUCGUGCUAAGUAGCAUUUGCAGCUUUCUUUCUUCCUUUAUGUAUUUUUGUGUAUAUUUUUUUGCAAAAUAUUUUUGCAUAUACUCCCCCCUUCCAAAUUACUAUUCGGUUUGACUUUUCUAGAUUCAUAAUUUUUUUAUGUGCCUAGAUAUUUUUUUGCUAUGUAUCUACAUAUAUACUAUAGUAUAUAUCUAGAUACAUAGAAAUAUCAUGUAUCUAGAAAAAUCAAAAUGAAUAGUAAUUUAGAAUGGAGGGAGUAUAUAAGCUAGUAUUAGUGUAUUACUGUGUUAAGGACGAGAAGCCACCACAAGCAGAAAGAAUGUCGAUUAAUUAAGAACAUGGUUACAGCCUAAAACAGUUUUUACAUAUGCUGGCUACUCGAUCCAUGGAGCAGGACUAUUUCGUCACAUGUAAAUGGGUUAUCUUUUUUUUUUGAAUUGAAGUGCUUCUCAUCGUUACACGAAGAAUAACCUUGUCUGGAUAAACUCAUUUCCUCCCAAAUAUAUGGAUUAAUUAGACUGGAAGAUAAAUUAAACUUCUAUCA